AUGGUCAGCGCUGCCGACGAAGCACAGGCACUCAGCGCAGGUCAGGAGAAACCCAACACUGCCAUUGCUUCUCUCUCUCUCUGACCACUGAAGGGCAACGGAACUGCAGAGGAGUAGAAAGCAGUACAGUGGAGCACAGCAAAGAACAGGGCAAUUGAACUCCAGUGGUGUAGUGGAGAGUCAACAUCACGUUAACGCAGUUUACGCACCUUUUUUAUUCAUCGUGGGAAAAUGCAUUGAAAAUAUAGCAGGGGUACAUUUAGCUUUCAGAAAUCUGCACUUUCAAAACGCAGACCAUUAAAAGUCUGCGUUUUUAAACCAUUUCACCUGCGUUUUAUAUUGAAAGUCAACAGUGGUAUUUUGCUUCAAUAGAGUAAGGGGCUUGCAACUAUAGUUUUUCUUCACAAAAUACAUGAGUGCAACACAUUCGGCAGAAAAUCGUUCUCUUCAGAAGGUAACAGAAGUGCAACACUGUUUGGCUAGCAGCAGCCACACGUAAAUUAGGUUACAAUAAAAACAUGGUAUUUUUUUGCCAAAACGAUGCAUGGCCAUUAUAUUUCUACCGUUUAUCAUAGAAAGAAUGUAGCCAGCUACAUUUUGUUUUGCUUAAAGUUAAUCUUGCAUUUUACCUUGCUACCGGAGAACAACUAGGCAGGAGGAAAGUACCGGAGAAAAGUCGUCUACACAUCAGUCAGAGUGCUGUCUGGUGAUCCAAUGACGAGCAAAGAUAUUUCAUCCGAGUGGAGAAGUGCAACUGAAGCACAAUAUUUGUCCUUUUACAUUCAUGAUUUGGAGCAAACCCUGACUGAAGCCGAACAGAAUUUACAAAUAAGAAGCAUUUUCUUUACCACUGCAUCACACUGAACACCACAGCCUGAUGCUCCAAAUAGACAUGUUAGUCACUGCCUCUUCAAGGUCAGUUAUCAUCUGUCCCCAUUUGGAGAGGUUCACUCCUGGUGAACUUGAUGCUAUUGGAUCAGGUUUAUGUUUGGCUAGGACUGGAGGAGGAGGAAAGACCCCUUUAUUGCCUGUCUAAGGCCUACAGUGCUUAUAUGCACAGAGUUUCUAUUGACUUGGGAACUGAGAAACUAGGCUAUAUCAAUAUAUGCUGAACAAAAAUAUAAACGCAACAUGUAAAGUGUUGGUUUCAUGAGCUGAAAUAAAAGAUCCCAGAAAUGUUCCAUAUGCACAAAAAGCUUAUUUCUCUCAAAUGUUGUGCAGAAAUGUGUUUACAUCCCUGUUAGUGAGCAUUUCUCCUUUGCCAAGAUAAUCCAUCCACCUAACAGGUGUGGCAUAUCAAGAAGCUGAUUAAACAGCAUGAUCACUACACAGGUACACCUUGUGCUGGGGACAAUAAAAGGCCACUCUAAAAUGUGCAGUUUUGUUACACAAUACCACAGAUGUCUCAAGUUUUGAGGGAGCGUGCAAUUGGCAUGCUGACUGCAGGAAUGUCCACCAGAGCUGUUGCCAGAGAAUUGAAUGUUAAUUUCUCUACCAUAAGCCGCCUCAAUGCUAUUUUAGAGAUUUUGCUUCACAACUGCAGACCACAUGUAACCACGUCAGCCCAGGACCUCUUCAUCUGCGGGAUCGUCUGAGACCAGUGAACCGAAUAAUUUCUGUGCAAACUGUCAAACUCUCUCAGGAAGCUCAUCUGCGUGCUCGUCGUCCUCACCAGGGUCUUGACCUGACUGCAGUUCAGCGUCGUAACCGACUUCAGUGGGCAAAUGCUCACCUUCAUUGGCCACUGGCAUGCUGGAGAAGUGUGCUCUUCACGGAUGAAUCCCAGUUUCGACUGUACCGGGCAGAUGGCUGACUGCGUGUAUGGCGUUAUGUCGGUGAGCGGUUUGCUGAUGUCAACGUUGUGAACAGAGUGCCCCAUGGUGGCGGUGGGGUUUUGGUAUGGGAAGGUAUAAGCUACGGACAACCAACACAAUUGCAUUUUAUCGUUGGCAAUUUGAAUGCACAGAUACUGUGACGAGAUCCUGAGGCCCAUUGUCGUGCCAUUCAUCCGUCACCAUCACCUCAUGUUUCACCAUGAUAAAUGCACGGCCCCAAUGUCGCAAGGAUCUGUACACAAUUCCUGGAAGCUGAAAAUGUCCCAGUUCGUCCAUGGCCUGCAUACUCACCAGACAUGUCACCCAUUGAGCCUGUUUGGGAUGCUCUGGAUCGACGUCUACGACAGCGUGUUCCAGUUCCCGCCAAUAUCCAGCAACUUUGCACAGCCAUUGAAGAGGAGUGGGACAACAUUACACAGGCCACAAUCAAACAGCCUGGUCAAUUCUGUGAAGGAUAUCUCGUGCUGCAUAAGGCAAAUUGUGGUCACAUCAGAUACUGACUGGUUUUCUGAUCCACACCCCUACUUAAAAAAAAAAAGAGGUAUCUGUGACCAACAGAUGCAUAUCUGUAUUCCCAGUCAUGUGAAAUCUAUAGAUUAAGGCCUAAUGAAUUUAUUUCAAUUGACUGAUUUCCUUAUAUGAACUGUAACUUUGAAAUUGUUGCAUGUUGUGUUUUUAUAUUUUUGUUCAGUAUGGGUAGAGCACACCAAGGACGCUCUGAAUUAUCAGCACUCUGUCUCUCAUAUACACUACACAAAACCCUUACUUCCCCAUGUGCUCCCCCUUCUUUCACUCCCCCCUCCCUCCCUCCGUCUCGUUUCAUUUUUGGUCUGCGGCAGGCGCCGCGUGUAUAUUGAAUGUCGUAGGGUCACUCAGAGAGCCGGAGAAUUUAGUCACAUCCGAGAGAGCAAAUUCCCACUCCUGAGGUAGUUCAGUCAGCUGAGGUUUGGUGUGUGUGUAAGCCUUUACUUAUUUAUUUAUCUCUUCUAAUUCAUUUGUGCUUUUUUUUAUCCCCCCCCCUUCCCGGAAAUUGCACUGUUGCUGUGGUAAUUGGCCUGAUAGUCAUCUGUAAUGGUGUUAAGUGAAUCAUCCAAUUAUAAUUUCUUAUCUGGGUAUACCAGUUGGAGAAAGUGCAGACACACACACACAAAUCUCUUCCUCUCCUGCUGCAUCCAUCACAAGACCAACUCCUGACGCCGCUCUUAAAACGCAGAGCCGCCUUGGUGCUGUAAAAACAGACAAACAAAACAGUGUUCCUGGAAGGAGGCGUGUCAUCAUACUGUUCUUUAUUCAGACAACGGGUUUGUUUGCUUUGUCACACAGACCAGAACAGGUACAGUAAACUAGACAAGGACAUAGAGGGCAUUCGGUUCAUCAUUGUAGGCUUAGCCAGACUCCACUAUAAGACUACAAAUCCCAUCAUCACCGUUACCUUCAUCUGUGCCCUCUGAAAUGCUGGGAUUGUUUUGUAGGCUAAGGGGAAGCUGGUUAGGGAUUUGCAACAGGACUUCAAUCAACCUUGAAAUAAAACUGGACACAACACUUUGAGGUCAGUUGCUGACUAAGCCCACCACUGCAUCAGCCCUGGUUGAUUUAUCCCCCCCCCCCCCCCCCCCCCCCCCCCGACUCCAUUCUGGUUGAUUUAUCAACCCCUCCCCCCCCCCCCAACCCCUGACUCCAUUCCGAUUGAUUUACUUUCUGUUUGAAAAUAACGGAAUGCUCUUGGUUCAGAACUUUUUUUAUUUUCAUACUGUCUGCGUUUUGAAUGGCUGGAGGACGUGAACUCCGUUGUGGCCAAUGGCUGAGAGAGAGGACUGGAGUCUUCAUGUGGUCAUGCUUUUCUCUCUGUCAUCAUCAUGUCUGACCCACAUAGCUGUAUGACUGCUACAGCCCGUCCUCCCCUGCCUCUUACCUCCCCCUGUUCCAGCCUCUGGCACUUUGUCUCAUCGUUGGAUUAAUGCUGCUCAACUGUACAUGGACACACAAACACACACACACCACACCCAGCUAUUAGUGUUUCCCUUCUCUUCCCUUGUCGCCUGCCCAUUCUUCCCAGGGAAGAAUAGAAAGGGAGGGAGAGAGCUGAGAUAGCUGUGCAGACUCUCCAGCACUGCAGGCUCAGACAGCAGCCAUAUUCACAGCACAUUCUGGCGUGCCAUGUAACGAUGCCAGACAACUAGUUCACUUCGUUUGGUGGGCGCACAUGGAUAGGCUCCUUGGAACUCAUUGUCCGCUUUCCCCACAUGCAUGCAGCGACUAACCCACGACAUACGCCGACUAUACCCGUGAUAAGCGACUUAUACCACAGCAUACAACCAGUAUCCCGUGCAUAAACAGAGUAUAACCCCACGUGAGCACAGAGCAUUCCCACUCCGCCAGCUUAAUCCCCACGUGACUACACCAGACAAUUCCCGAAUGAGCGGUUUCCCAACUCUCCCAGACUAUAACCCCACACGUGAUGACACCAGGUAAUCCACAUAAACAGCUAUAUACCACACUGACACAACCAGAUAUAAUAUCCACAGUGCGAGCAGAUAACUCCGUGCAUGUCCAGACUAUAAUCCCCCAACAGUACAUGACAGACCAGACUAAAUACCCACACGUGACAUGACAGACCAGAGCUAUAAUCUCCACACAUUACUGACGACCAGGCUUAAUACCCCCACAGUGACAUACAGACCAGGAGCUAUAAUACCCAACAGUGACUGAUAGACCAGAGCUAUAAUACCCCACACAUGACAUGACAACCAGGAGCUAUAUCCCACACAUACAUGGCGACCAGGAGCUAUAAGUUACCCCUACACCAGUGACAUGACAGACCAGGAGUAUAAUACCCCACACAUGACAUGACAGACUCCAGAGCUAAAUACCCCACCUGACAUGACAGACCAGACUAUAAUACCCACACAGUGACAUGACAGACCAGGAGCUAUAAUACCCACACAGUGACAUGACAGACCAGGAGCUAUAAUCUCCACACAGUGACAUGACAGACCAGGAGCUAUAAUACCCCACACAGUGACAUGACAGACCAGGAGCUAUAAUACCCACACAGUGACAUGACAGACCAGGAGCUAUAAUACCCCACACAGUGACAUGACAGACCAGGAGCUAUAAUACCCCACACAGUGACAUGACAGACCAGGAGCUAUAAUACCCCACACAGUGACAUGACAGACCAGGAGCUAUAAUACCCCACACAGUGACAUGACAGACCAGGAGCUAUAAUACCCCACACAGUGACAUGACAGACCAGGAGCUAUAAUACCCCACACAGUGACAUGACAGACCAGAGCUAUAAUACCCCAACACAGUGACAUGAUAGACCAGGAGCUAUAAUACCCCACACAGUGACAUGACAGACCAGGAGCUAUAAUACCCCACACAGUGACAUGACAGACCAGGAGCUAUAAUACCCCACACAGUGACAUGAAGACCAGGACAGGACUAUAAUAACCCCACACAGUGACAUGACAGACCAGGAGCUAUAAUACCCCACACAGUGACAUGAUAGACCAGGAGCUAUAAUACCCCACACAGUGACAUGAUAGACCAGGAGCUAUAAUACCCACACAGUGACAUGAAGACCAGGAGCUAUAAUACUCCACACAGUGACAUGAAGACCAGGAGCUAUAAUACCCCACACAGUGACAUGAAGACCAGACAUAAUACCCCACACAGUGACAUCAGCCAGAGCAUAAUACCCACACAGGACAUGACAGACCAGGAGCUAUAAUACCCCACACAGACAUGACGAGCCAGGAGCUAUAAUACUCCACCAGUGACAUGACAGACCAGGAGCUAUAAUACCCACACAGUGACAUGAAGACCAGGACUAUAAUACCCCACACAGUGAUGACAGACCAGGAGCUAUAAUACCUCCACACAGUGACAUGACAGACCAGGACUAUAAUACCCCACACAGUGACAUGACAGACCAGGAGCUAUAAUACCCCACACAGUGACAUGACAGACCAGGAGCUAUAAUACCCCACACAGUGACAUGAAGACCAGGAGCUAUAAUACCCCACACAGUGACAUGACAGACCAGGAGCUAUAAUACCCACACAGUGACAUGAACACCAGGAGCUAUAAUACUCCACACAGUGACAUGACAGACCAGGAGCUAUAAUACCCCACACAGUGACAUGACAGACCAGGAGCUAUAAUACCCCACACAGUGACAUGACAGACCAGGAGCUAUAAUACCCCACACAGUGACAUGACAGACCAGGAGCUAUAAUACCCCACACAGUGACAUGACAGACCAGGAGCUAUAAUACCCCACACAGUGACAUGACAGACCAGGAGCUAUAAUACCCCACACAGUUGACAUGACAGACCAGGAGCUAUAAUACCCCACACAGUGACAUGACAGACCAGGAGCUAUAAUACUCCACACAGUGACAUGACAGACCAGGAGCUAUAAUACCCCACACAGUGACAUGACAGACCAGGAGCUAUAAUACUCCACACAGUGACAUGACAGACCAGGAGCUAUAAUACCCCACACAGUGACAUGACAGACCAGGAGCUAUAAUACCCCACACAGUGACAUGACAGACCAGGAGCUAUAAUACUCCCACACAGUGACAUGACAGACCAGGAGCUCUACAGUGACAUGACAGACCAGGAGCUAUAAUACCCCACACAGUGACAUGACAGACCAGGAGCUAUAAUACCCCACACAGUGACAUGACAGACCAGGAGCUAUAAUACCCCACACAGUGACAUGACAGACCAGGAGGCUAUAAUACUCCACACAGUGACAUGACAGACCAGGAGCUAUAAUACUCCCACCAGUGACAUGACAGACCAGGAGCUAUAAUACCCCACACAGUGACAUGACAGACCAGGAGCUAUAAUACCCCACACAGUGACAUGACAGACCAGGAGCUAUAAUACCCCACACAGUGACAUGACAGACCAGGAGCUUAUAAUACCCCACACAGUGACAUGACAGACCAGGAGCUAUAAUACCCCACACAGUGACAUGACAGACCAGGAGCUAUAAUACCCCACACAGUGACAUGACAGACCAGGAGCUAUAAUACUCCACACAGUGACAUGACAGACCAGGAGCUAUAAUACUCCACACAGUGACAUGACAGACCAGGAGCUAUAAUACCCCACACAGUGACAUGACAGACCAGGAGCUAUAAUACCCCACACAGUGACAUGACAGACCAGGAGCUAUAAUACCCCACACAGUGACAUGACAGACCAGGAGCUAUAAUACCCCACACAGUGACAUGACAGACCAGGAGCUAUAAUACUCCCACACAGUGACAUGACAGACCAGGAGCUAUAAUACUCCCACACAGUGACAUGACAGACCAGGAGCUAUAAUACCCCACACAGUGACAUGAUAGACCAGGAGCUAUAAUACCCCACACAGUGACAUGACAGACCAGGAGCUAUAAUACCCCACACAGUGACAUGACAGACCAGGAGCUAUAAUACCCCACACAGUGACAUGACAGACCAGGAGCUAUAAUACCCCACACAGUGACAUGACAGCCAGGAGCUAUAAUACCCCACACAGUGACAUGACAGACCAGGAGCUAUAAUACCCCACACAGUGACAUGACAGACCAGGAGCUAUAAUACUCCACACAGUGACAUGACAGACCAGGAGCUAUAAUACUCCACACAGUUGACAUGGACAGACCAGGAGCUAUAAAUACUCCACCACAGUGACAUGAUAGACCAGGAGCUAUAAUACCCCACACAGUGACAUGACAGACCAGGAGCUAUAAUACCCCCACACAGUGACAUGAACAGACCAGGAGCUAUAAUACCCCACACAGUGACAUGACAGACCAGGAGCUAUAAUACCCCACACAUUGGACAUGACAUACCAGGAGCUAUAAUACUCCACACGUGACAUGACAGACCAGGAGCUAUAAUACUCCACACAGUGACAUGAUAGACCAGGAGCUAUAAUACCCCACACAGUGACAUGACAGACCAGGAGCUAUAUACCCCACACAGUGACAUGAUAGACCAGGAGCUAUAAUACUCCACACAGUGGACAUGACAGACCAGGAGCUAUAAUACUCCACACAGUGACAUGACAGACCAGUGAGCUUAAUACUCCACACAGUGACAUGACAGACCAGAGCUAUAAUACUCCACACAGUGACAUGACAGACCAGGAGCUUAAUACUCCACACAGUGACAUGACAGACCAGGAGCUAUAAUACUCCACACAGUGACAUGAAGACCAGGAGCUAUAAUACCCACACAGUGACAUGACAGACCAGGAGCUAUAAUACCCCACACAGUGAACAUGACAGACCAGGAGCUAUAAUACCCCACACAGUGACAUGAAGACCAAAAGCUAUAAUACCCCACACAGUGACAUGACAGACCAGGAGCUAUAAUACUCCACACAGUGACAUGACAGCCCAGGAGCUAUAAUACCCCACAGUGACAUGACAGACCAGGAGCUAUAAUACCCCACACGAGUGACCAUGACAACCAGAGCUAUAAUACCCACACAGUGACAUGACAGACCAGGAGCUAUAAUACCCCACACAGUGACAUGACAGACCAGGAGCUAUAAUACCCCACACAGUGACAUGACAAGACCAGGCUAUAGACCCCACACAGUGACCAUGACAGACCAGGAGCUAUAAUACCCCACACAGUGACAUGACAGACCAGGAGCUAUAAUACCCCACACAGUGACAUGACAGACCAGGAGCUAUAAUACCCCACACAGUGACAUGACAGACCAGGAGCUAUAAUACCCCACACACAGUGACAUGAUAACCAGGAGCAUAAUACCCCACACAGUGACAUGACAGACCAGGAGCAUAAUACCCCACACAGUGACAUGACAGACCAGGAGCUAUAAUACCCCACACAGUGACAUGAAGACCAGGAGCUAUAAUACCCCACACAGUGACAUGACAGACCAGGAGCUAUAAUACCCACACAGUGACAUGAAGACCAGGAGCUAUAAUACCCCACACAGUGACAUGACAGACCAGGAGCUAUAAUACCCACACAGUGACAUGACAGACCAGGAGCUAUAAUACCCACACAGUGACAUGACAGACCAGGAGCUAUAAUACCCCACACAGUGACAUGAAGACCAGGAGCUAUAAUACCCACACAGUACAUGACAGACCAGGAGCUAUAAUACCCCACACAGUGACAUGACAGACCAGGAGCUAUAAUACCCACACAGUGACAUGCAGACCAGGAGCUAUAAUACCCCACACAGUGACAUGACAGACCAGGAGCUAUAAUACCCCACACAGUGACAUGACAGACCAGGAGCUAUAAUACCCCACACAGUGACAUGACAGACCAGGAGCUAUAAUACCCCACACAGUGACAUGACAGACCAGGAGCUAUAAUACCCCACACAGUGACAUGACAGACCAGGAGCUAUAAUACCCCACACAGUGACAUGACAGACCAGGAGCUAUAAUACCCCACACAGUGACAUGACAGACCAGGAGCUAUAAUACCCCACACAGUGACAUGACAGACCAGGAGCUAUAAUACUCCACACAGUGACAUGACAGACCAGGAGCUGUAGGCUACUAAUGUGAUUGAGCCAUUCAGCUUCAUGCAGCGAUCUGUCGUUAGGCACGUCAACACACAGGAUUGAUUGUCGGCUACAGAAAUAGAAACGGCCCGGGCUAUAUCUAUAAUUCUUUGUAUUCUAUUUGUAAGUUAUCCUACGGAGUUCCUAGCGCUCUGGCCAGUGCGGCCUUUGGGUGCCGUUGUCGGUCAACUCCGGUGAACUGUUCAUAGUUUAGUUGGUUCCUACGGUAGAUCGUAGUUUAGUUGGUUCCUACGGUAGAUCGUAGUUUAGUUGGUUCCUACGGUAGAUCGUAGUUUAGUUGGUUCCUACGGUAGAUCGUAGUUUAGUUGGUUCAGUAGCCUAUGUUGUGUUUUUGUGUGUGGUGUAUCUGAUCCUUUGCCCCUUUUCUCCCCCCUCGCCUCUCCCCCGUGCAGUGAGCAUGUCUGCAGAUUCGUUUGGCGCCGGGGGCAGCGAUGCCCAGCAGAGCCUACAGUCCUUCUGGCCCCGCGUCAUGGAAGAGAUCAGGAACCUCACGGUGGUAUGUCACGGCCUUCCUCUGAUUGAACGCAUGCACGCUCACACACACACACACACACACACACACACACACACACACACCUCUCACAAGUGGUUUUUCACAUGACCUGCCCCUAACACCCCUUGGCUCUGUUCCAGAAGGAUUUCCGCGUGCAGGAGUUGCCUCUCGCCCGAAUCAAGAAAAUCAUGAAGCUGGAUGAAGAUGUGAAGGUAGGAGGCGGGGCUUACACACCACAGGUCCCCGCCCUCUAUGAUGUCUUCAUCAACACCCCAUUCAGAUGACAAAACAUGGUAUUUUGGAGCUGAGGUGUGGCUACACGGCUGGCUGAAAUGAACACGGCAUCCAUUAGCUCAUUGUGUAGGAAACAUUUUGACUUGGCAUGUUAUUUGCAAUCUUACCUCCUAUGUUGAGUCCCACAUCACAUUCUAUGUUGAUGUAUACAUGCUGACCCCAUUAGAUCAUCAUCAGCUUAUCACUCUGCAGAGCUAUUCCUGCUCUGCUGUGCUCUGAGAGGACAGGCAUGGGGAGUGUAUGUCCAGGGAGGGCUCCUCCUAAGAGAGAUAAGCAGUAGCAGCUUAAGUGUGAGGAGGAAGGAGAUCAGCAGAUCACUAACAGGCUGUACAUCUAGCAGGAACCCUUCUGCUAGCCAUGAUGCAGUGUGAGAGAGAACGAAGGUUUAAUGUUAGCCAUGACACAGCAGCUCCUCAGCCUGCUGCCUGCCUCCCCGACCACCUCCCCGCCAACUUCUAAAUGUCACUCGGUGGAAAGGUUUUCAAAAGGUUAGGUCUCUCCCCUUUAGCCGAUCUAUUCAGCCCUAUCUAGCUGUGUAGGUUUGUGAGUGUGUGACAGGUAGUAGAAGUUGUAGUGUGUGUGUGUGUGUGUGUGUGUGUGUGUGUAUCUGUUUCCUGUGUUUGUGUUCCCUGUUUCCCCUUAGUUUUAACAUCUCAUCUCAAUGUCUCCAUAGAUGAUCAGUGCAGAGGCUCCGGUGCUGUUUGCCAAGGCAGCUCAGAUCUUCAUCACAGAGCUCACGCUGAGGGCCUGGAUCCACACUGAAGACAACAAGAGACGCACCCUACAGGUCAGUCACACCCACCCUAGUGUGUAUAGAGGUCACACGCACAUUCACACAGACGGCACAUGCAGUCUGCUGACCCAAGUUCAUGUGUAAAGACCACACACGCGCAGUGUGCUGGUCCCAGUGUGUGUGUAUAGAGGCCCCACACUGCCAUCCCCUGAUGACCUGCUCUGUUAAAUUCCUUCUCUCCAUCGACUGUGAAAGCAGAGCUCGGCUCCUGUGACCCACUUUUACUCCCAACGCCAUUUUGCCUGCUCUCUGAUCCCAGAGCCAGGGGAAUGACAUGGAUCCUGGAGUGAUGAAAGGGAAGGAGAAUGAUGGAGAGAGUGGGAAAGAGGGAGAGUGCCAAAGUGAGAGAAUGAGGGAGAGCGAGGGAAUGGGUGGGCAAGAGGGAGGGAGGAGAGGGAGAGAGAGACAAAGUGAAAGCGGUUGUGAGAGAGAGUGUGGGAGAGAAGGGAGAGAGAGAAAGAGAGAGAGACGUUGAAGAGAGAGAAAAGAGAGUGUUGAUCAGAGUGGUUUGGAAAGCCAGGGCCAGUCAGCCUGUGUGUUAGAGGGUAGACCAGCCUGGGUGUUAGAGGGAAGACUAGCUGGGUGUUAGAGGGAAAGACUAGCCUGGGUGUUAGAGGGAAGACUAGCCUGGGGUUAGAGGGAAGACGCCUGGGGUUAGAGGGAGUACCGUGGGUGUUAGAGGGAAGACUAGCCUGGGUGUUAGAGGGUAGCAGCCUGGGUGUUAGAGGGUAACACUGCCGGGUGUUAGAGGGUAGACCAGCCUGGGUUUAGAGGGUAGACCAGCCUGGGUGUUAGAGGGAGACUAGCCUGGGUGUUAGAGGGUAGACCAGCCUGGGUGUUAGAGGGAAGACUAGCCUGGGUGUUAGAGGGAAGACUAGCCUGGGUGUUAGAGGGUAGACCAGCCUGGGUGUUAGAGGGAAGACUAGCCUGGGUGUUAGAGGGAAGACUAGCCUGGGUGUUAGAGGGUAGACCACCUGGGUGUUAGAGGGAAGACAGCCUGGGUGUAAGCAGGUAGACCAGCUGGUGUUAAAGGAAUGCUCGGUUGUUUGAGGUAAGACUUACCGGUGUUAGAGGUAGACCUGUGCCUUGUGUGUGUGGGCCAUGCCUGGGUGUAAGGGUAGCCUGGGUGUUAGAGGGAAGACCAGCCGGGUUGUAGAGGGACUAGCCUGGGUGUUAGAGGGAAGACCAGCCUGGGUGUUAGAGGGUAGACUAGCCAGUGUGUUAGAGGGUAGACCAGCCAGUCAGUCACACACUGAAACAUUAAAACGGAGUGCCUCAGUUCUUUCUUUCUUCAACCAUUAACAUACCUCUGAGUUUGUGUGUCUUUCUCCGUGUGUGUGUGUGUCCAUGUGUGUGUGGGAUACUGCUUUGCACAAUAUCUUGGCAAAUUCUGUCCUUCAAAAUGUCUUCCAUAACAGUGGGGCUGAAUUACCAAGUCAACUCACACUCCUACAAAUUCAGAGUGAAAGCGUCAUUCGGUUGAGCUUUGUUAACCUCGAAAUAGAAUGCCAAUUCGUUAUGUUAAUUACAUUUCUACACCACAGAUGGUGAUACAUGUCUGGCGUAUGCUCCUAGUCUGUGUGUGGUGUUAAUAAGACAGCUCUGCUUGCAAUCACACUCAAUCUCUCUCACACACACACACACACUCCGGCUCUCGCCAGAGUUCCAUUGUGCUGACAGCACGCCGAUUAGGGUCACCAUGGUGACGUGCAUCAAUAUAACAACUGUGGAUGUGACCCGGUGUUACCAGAUAUUAAUCACAGUGCUAUAAAUAGACUUUGAUGGGGGGGGGGACUUAAUAUCCUGUGGAAAAUCACACACAUACACACACUCACUCUAGAAGGGUGGGCCCGGUAGGACAGUGAUGCUAAGAAUACGUCACUCAACUUCCAAUGUCCUUCAUCUGGUGUUUCUUACAGUGGGCCCAUUCUUGCUGUUUUUUUACAUGGUGAAUGUUAGGGCUGGGAAUUGCCAGGGACCUCACGAUAUGAUAUUAUCACGAUACAUAGAUGCCGCUCAAUAUUUAAAAGAAGGAGAAAAAGCUAUAGGAUGAAAAAUAGUUUUGCCGCAGGUACAGCCGACUAGCGCUAGCAAACGCUACCUAGCAAAAACAAUUAUUUAUAUAUACAGUGGGGAAAAAAAGUAUUUAGUCAGCCACCAAUUGUGCAAGUUCUCCCACUUAAAAAGAUGAGAGAGGCUUGUAAUUUUCAUCAUAGGUACACGUCAACUAUGACAGACAAAUUGAGGGGAAAAAAUCCAGAAAAUCACAUUGUAGGAUUUUUAAUGAAUUUAUUUGCAAAUUAUGGUGGAAAAUAAGUAUUUGGUCACCUACAAACAAGCAAGAUUUCUGGCUCUCACAGACCUGUAACUUCUUCUUUAAGAGGCUCCUCUGUCCUCCACUCGUUACCUGUAUUAAUGGCACCUGUUUGAACUUGUUAUCAGUAUAAAAGACACCUGUCCACAACCUCAAACAGUCACACUCCAAACUCCACUAUGGCCAAGACCAAAGAGCUGUCAAAGGACACCAGAAACAAAAUUGUAGACCUGCACCAGGCUGGGAAGACUGAAUCUGCAAUAGGUAAGCAGCUUGGUUUGAAGAAAUCAACUGUGGGAGCAAUUAUUAGGAAAUGGAAGACAUACAAGACCACUGAUAAUCUCCCUCGAUCUGGGGCUCCACGCAAGAUCUCACCCCGUGGGGUCAAAAUGAUCACAAGAACGGUGAGCAAAAAUCCCAGAACCACACGGGGGGACCUAGUGAAUGACCUGCAGAGAGCUGGGAACAAUGUAACAAAGCCUACCAUCAGUAACACACUACGCCGCCAGGGACUCAAAUCCUGCAGUGCCAGACGUGUCCCCCUGCUUAAGCCAGUACAUGUCCAGGCCCGUCUGAAGUUUGCUAGAGUGCAUUUGGAUGAUCCAGAAGAGGAUUGGGAGAAUGUCAUAUGGUCAGAUGAAACCAAAAUAUAACUUUUUGGUAAAAACUCAACUCGUCGUGUUUGGAGGACAAAGAAUGCUGAGUUGCAUCCAAAGAACACCAUACCUACUGUGGAGCAUGGGGGUGGAAACAUCAUGCUUUGGGGCUGUUUUUCUGCAAAGGGACCAGGACGACUGAUCCGUGUAAAGGAAAGAAUGAAUGGGGCCAUGUAUCGUGAGAUUUUGAGUGAAAACCUCCUUCCAUCAGCAAGGGCAUUGAAGAUGAAACGUGGCUGGGUCUUUCAGCAUGACAAUGAUCCCAAACUCACCGCCUGGGCAACGAAGGAGUGGCUUCGUAAGAAGCAUUUCAAGGUCCUGGAGUGGCCUAGCCAGUCUCCAGAUCUCAACCCAAUAGAAAAUCUUUGGAGGGAGUUGAAAGUCCGUGUUGCCCAGCGACAGCCCCAAAACAUCACUGCUCUAGAGGAGAUCUGCAUGGAGGAAUGGGCCAAAAUACCAGCAACAGUGUGUGAAAACCUUGUGAAGACUUACAGAAAACGUUUGACCUGUGUCAUUGCCAACAAAGGGUAUAUAACAAAGUAUUGAGAAACUUUUGUUAUUGACCAAAUACUUAUUUUCCACCAUAAUUUGCAAAUAAAUUCAUAAAAAAUCCUACAAUGUGAUUUUCUGGAAUUUUUUUUCUCAUUUUGUCUGUCAUAGUUGACGUGUACCUAUGAUGAAAAUUACAGGCCUCUCUCAUCUUUUUAAGUGGGAGAACUUGCACAAUUGGUGGCUGACUAAAUACUUUUUUCCCCCACUGUGUGUGUGUGUGUAUGUGUAUAUAUAUAUAUAUAUAUAUAUAUAUAUAUAUAUAUAUAUAUAUAUAUAUAUAUAUAUAUAUAUAUAUAUAUAAUAUAUUUGAUACACUGCCGAUUUUGCAGGUUUUCCUACUUACAAAGCAUGUAGAGGUCUGUAAUUUUUAUCAUAGGUACACUUCAACUGUGAGAGACGGAAUCUAAAACGAAAAUCCAGAAAAUCACAUUGUAUGAUUUUUUAAAGUAAUUCAUUUGCAUUUUAUUGCAUGACAUAAGUAUUUGAUCAACUACCAACCAGUAAGAAUUCCGGCUCUCACAGACCUGUUAGUUUUUCUUUAAGAAGCCCUCCUGUUCUCCACUCAUUACCUGAAUUAACUGCACCUGUUUGAACUCGUUACCUGUAUAAAAGACACCUGUCCACACACUCAAUCAAACAGACUCCAACCUCUCCACAAUGGCCAAGACCAGAGAGCUGUGUAAGGACAUCAGGGAUAAAAUUGUAGACCUGCACAAGGCUGGGAUGGGCUACAGGACAAUAGGCAAGCAGCUUGGUGAGAAGGCAACAAUUGUUGGCGCAAUUAUUAGAAAAUGGAAGAAGUUCAAGAUGACGGUCAAUCACCCUCGGUCUGGGGCUCCAUGCAAGAUAUCACCUCGUGGGGCAUCAAUGAUCAUGAGGAAGGUGAGGGAUCAGCCCAGAACUACACGGCAGGACCUGGUCAAUGACCUAAAGAGAGCUGGGACAGUCUCAAAGAAAAUCAUUAGUAACACACUACGCCGUCAUGGAUUAAAAUCCUGCAGUGCACGCAAGGUCCCCCUGUUCAAGCCAGCGCAUGUCCAGGCCCGUCUGAAGUUUGCCAAUGACCAUCUGGAUGAUCCAGAGGAGGAAUGGGGGAAGGUCAUGUGGUCUGAUGAGACAAAAAUAGAGCUUUUUGGUCUAAACUCCACUCAAUGUGUUUGGAGGAAGAAGGAUGAGUACAACCCCAAGAACACCAUCCCAACCGUGAAGCAUGGAGGUGGAAACAUCAUUCUUUGGGGAUGCUUUUCUGCAAAGGGGACAGGACGACUGCACCGUAUUGAGGGGAGGAUGGAUGGGGCCAUGUAUUGCGAGAUUUUGGCCAACAACCUCCUUCCCUCAGUAAGAGCAUUGAAGAUGGCUCGUGGCUGGGUCUUCCAGCCUGACAACGACCCGAAACACACAGCCAGGGCAGCUAAGGAGUGGCUCCGUAAGAAGCAUCUCAAGGAGUGGCCUAGCCAGUCUCCGGACCUGAACCCAAUAGAAAAUCUUUGGAGGGAGCUGAAAGUCCGUAUUGCCCAGCGACAGCCCUGAAACCUGAAGGAUCUGGAGAAGGUCUGUAUGGAGGAGUGGGACAAAAUCCCUGCUGCAGUGUGUGCAAACCUGGUCAAGACCUACAGGAAACGUAUGAUCUCUGUAAUUGCAAACAAAGGUUUCUGUACCAAAUAUUAAGUUCUGCUUUUCUGAUGUAUCAAAUACUUAUUUCAUGCAAUAAAAUGCAAAUUAAUUACUUCAAAAUCAUACAAUGUGAUUUUCUGGAUUUUUGUUUUAGAUUCCGUCUCUCACAGUUGAAGUGUACCUAUGAUAAACAUUACAGACCUCUACAUGCUUUGUAAGUAGUAAAACCUGCAAAAUCGGCAGUGUAUCAAAUACUUGUUCUCCCCAAUGUAUAUACACUUUUUACUAAUCAAUACUUGGAGUCAAAGUAUCGAUAUAUCAUCCAAACAAAUAUUGCAAUAUGUAACUAUUGAUUUUUUUCCCCCCCCUUGUCCAUCACUAGUGAAUGUUGUGUGGUUGAAGUAGGCAAAGCCUUUUACAGUUCCACUGUGAGCAAGCUCCUUUUAGUAUUAUUUACAGAGCUGCAGAAUGUUCGAGUUUGACCUAGAAGUUUAUAUAAACUGUAUUUUCUUCAAUCGUUUUCAAAAAGGCUAUAUUUGGAGAUAGCAGCAGAAGUGGAAAGCCGUUUUUAUAUUUAGUCUAGUUUCUGCAUAUACUGAAUGAGGAGCCUAAUGUUCACCCUCAACUCUUAUCCUGUGUUGCAGAGGAAUGACAUUGCCAUGGCGAUAACAAAGUUCGACCAGUUUGACUUCCUCAUCGACAUCGUGCCCCGGGAUGAACUCAAGCCCCCCAAACGACAGGUAGUGUGUGUGUGUGUGUGUGUGUGUCCAUAUGCAUUUCAUUUCAGUACACCGGCAGGGUGUAGUACCACUUCUGGCAGACUGGAGGCGCUGUAAACAUCCUUGACUGGAAGCUGUUGUUCGGUCAGCGAGGGCUUUCAGUCGGAUGUUUGCAGCGUCUGGCUGCCCCUUACCUCCAACAUCCCUCAACCAUACCACCAAUACACCACCAUAGCCUCUAAUUUCCAAACACUACCACCAAUACCCCAAAGCAUGUAUUCACUAUCAACAUAAUCACCACUGUGUUAACUGAUGCCCUCUGCCACAUUACAGUCCUAACUCAGUUUGAUGGUGGUACAUGUUUUAGACUAGGCAGGGCCUCCCAAGCAUUUCUAAGUUGUGACUUACCUAAAAUGAUGGUAUUCUAUCAGUAGAUCCGUAGAUCAAUACACUAGUUCACCAGAUCUGUGGCCAGGGGUGUAAACAUCCUACACUCUCAGCUGUGACAUCAUCGAGCUGGGAGAGGGGUGUUUACGCUUCUGGUGACGGGGAAUCGGCUACCUUCUACGCUACCCCUGGAAGAUCAACCAACCAGUAGCUUUUAGGGAACUGUUACCCUGUACUUCUGAUGAGGACGAGGCCUUUAGUAUACUUCGGAGCACAAAGAAGCAUGGAAGCUUGUAUCGCUGUGGCAUUUCAUUAACUGGCAGUGAUUCUUGGCUGUAUAUUAUGAAAACAAGCAUGUAACCUCUGUGCCUAGUUAAUGGUUGACCAAAUUUCCAAUGUGUCACUAAAUUAGCUUUCCAUUCACAGUUUAUGAUUAGAACAUUCUCAAUAGUGUAUCAAGGCCUUGUUUUUUAUGAAUGGAAAUGAUCCCUUUCAGUCAGAAGAGUUCUUGUGAAACAUUUUGUUGUUAGGUUGUGAAAAUCCAUUGUCCUGACAAAUACCCGUAAGGCCUUGAGCCUGAGUGUUUUCCACUGUGAUCAUCACAGUGCUAAUGCAUUUACUUUAUAUUCGUAUUCUUAUCUUUUCUUAUUGUUGCAUUGUCGAGAAGGAACCUGCAAGUAAGCAUUUCGUUGGACGAUGUAUACCAUGUGUAUUCCGUACAUAAGACUAAUAAAAUGGGAAAGUAAUGGAUGCUCUGGCUGUGUCCCAAAUGGCACCCUAUAAAGUGCACUACUUUUGACCAGGGCCUAUAGGGCAGACCCAUAGGGUCCUGUUCAAAAGUAGUGCACUACCUAGGUAAUAUGGUGCCCUUUGGGACACAUCCUCCAUUCAGAAUCACAUUACUCAUCCAGAGCUUAUCAGUUAUUUAUUGGACCUCUCACCUAUUGUAUUACGCUGACAAAAUAAUUCAUGGAGAUGUAAUGGACUGAUAUGCCUCUCUCUCUUCCUUUCACUCUGUUAUCCUCUCUCUCUCUUUCUCUCUCUCGCUCUCGCUCUCCCCCCCUCGCUCUCUCUCUCUUCCUGUCUCUCUCUCGGUCUCUCUCUCUCUUGCCCUCUCUCUUCCAUUCUUACUCUCUCUCUCUCUCUCCCGGUCUUGCUCUUUGUCGCUCUCUCUUCCUGUGUGUGUGUACAGGAGGAGGUGCGUCAGUCGGUGGCCCCAGCAGAGCCGGUCCAGUACUACUUCACCCUGGCUCAGCAGCCAGGCCAGGUCCAGGGCCAGGUCCAGGGCCAACAGGCCACAGCACAACAGGCUACCACCAUCCAGCCUGGACAGAUCAUCAUCGCACAGCCACAGCAAGGACAGGUACGCUGGAGAACAGACACACAACGCACCACACAGACCACAAAUAACCAGUACCACCAUACAGCGUAGGCAAAGGCAUAUUAUAAACUGGGUGGUUCAAGCCCUGAAUGCGUAUUGGCUGACAGCCGUGGUAUAUCAGACCGUAUACAAGGGGUCUGACAAAACAUGUAUUUUUUACUGCUCUAAUUACGUUGGUAACCAGUUUAUAAUAGCAAUAAGGCACCUCGGGAGUUUGUGGUAUAUGGCCAAUAUACCAUGGCUAAGGGCUGUAUCCAGGCACUCCGCAUUGUGUCAUGCUUAAGAACAGCCCUUAGCCGUGGUAUAUUGGCCAUAAACCACACUCCCUCGGGCCUUAUUGCUUAAGUUUAACACACCAUGACACAGCCUGCAGAACACAAGCUCUCCUAACACUCCCAGUCAACAACCCUCUCCAACCCUGUGAAGUCCACUAUGAAAUGGUGUGAAUGGGGUAAUAACAGUAUUAACAGUGGAUUUUAUUGAUAUUAUCCUUGGUAAGCACAGCCGAUCCCCACUCUGGCCUCAACUCUUUCCCACCAGCAGGGAUGAUUGACCGUACACACUCAGCACCCCCACACUCCCAGCUAUACAAGCAGUGACUGAAGAGAGGGGAGUGACUGAAGUGUGCAGAUCAAAUGGCUCUGUACCACUGCUUGUAUAGCUGGGAGUCCCUGUGAGACUGCUCUCCACCCCUCUACUGUACUUCUCUCUGAAGAGGAGGAACAUCUAGGUAACCAGAUGGGUGGGUUGCCCCCUCAUCCCUAGUCUGUUUGGUCCCCCCCAUCCCUAGUCUGUCUUAAUUUCUGGUCCACCCCCCCCCCCCCCCCCCCUCCAUCCCUAGUCUGUCUUCUUCCCUGGUCCCCUCAUCCCUAGUCUGUCUUCUCCCCUGGUCCCCUCAUCCCUAGUCUGUCUUCAUCCCUAGUCUGUCUUCUUCCCUGGUCCCCUCAUCCCUAGUCUGUCUUCUUCCCUGGUCCCCUCAUCCCUAGUCUGUCUUCUUCCCUGGUCCCCUCAUCCCUAGUCUGUCUUCUUCCCUGGUCCCCUCAUCCCUAGUCUGUCUUCUUCCCUGGUCCCCUCAUCCCUAGUCUGUCUCUUCCCUGGUCCCCUCAUCCCUAGUCUGUCUUCAUCCCUGGUCCCCUCAUCCCUAGUCUGUCUUCUUCCCUGGUCCCCUCAUCCCUAGUCUGUCUUCAUCCUGGUCCCCUCAUCCUAGUCUGUCUUCUUCCCUGGUCCCCUCAUCCCUAGUCUGUCCUCUUCCCUGGUCCCCUCAUCCCUAGUCUGUCUUCUUCCCUGGUCCCCUCAUCCCUAGUCUGUCUUCUCCCCUGGUCCCCUCAUCCCUAGACUGUCUUCUUCCCUGGUCCCCUCAUCUCUAGUCUGUCUUCAUCCCUGGUCCCUCAUCCCUAGUCUGUCUUCUUUCCCUGGUCCCCUCAUCCCUAGUCUGUCUUCAUCCCUGGUCCCCUCAUCCCUAGUCUGUCUUCUUCCCUGGUCCCCUCAUCCCUAGUCUGUCUUCUUCCCUGGUCCCCUCAUCCCUAGUCUGUCUUCUCCCCUGGUCCCCUCAUCCCUAGUCUGUCUUUUUCUUUUUUGUUCUCUUUCUCUUCUCCAUUCUUUUCUCUCCGUCUCUCUCUUUCUCCCCCCCGUACUCUCUGUCUAGUGUGUUCUCUCUCCUGGCUGAUCAGUGCUGCUUCAGCAGGCUGCCUUACGUUUGUUGAGCUGUCGCAGUUCCACAGUCAGGCUGAGCUGUUACUGUUACUGCUGCUGCUACUGCAGUCCACUUAGUCACAGAGCAGAGCAGGAAAGGUCACCACAUGACUGGCACCUUAGAAUAGAUGACUAGUCCAGGGUGCAUCACUACUGGGUAACAGUCAAGAGACCAGGGGUUGGAGGGAUGGAAGGAUCAGAAGAACAGGCGGAUAAAGUGUGAUUUUUGAAAGCGGGAGAUAUCUGGAGAUUGAGAGCGAGGGAGGAGGGUGAAUAGAGAGAGAUCCUAAAUCGUAUGUGUGUGUGUCUCCAGACUUGCCUGCAAAGAGCUUUGUGUCACUAGUCGUCACUGUUGCACCAGUUCUGUCACAUGCCCUAUCAGGUCACAAAGUCCCUAAUGGACUGAUCUGUUAGGAAACAAAACCUAAAUUUCCUACUGUAGGAUACAUCUUUAUAUUAAUUUAACUACCAUUUCCUACUGUAGGAUACAUCUUCAUUAACUUCACUAUACCUGGAUUUCACAGCUGCUAUUCCUCCAUUGAUUCUGCACAUACAUCACUUCUGCUCUAUGCAGCAUUUCAUUGUGCUCACAUGCUCAUUGUUGUGUGUGUGUGUGAUCUGACGACACCUGUCUGUACUGUAUGUGUGUGUGUGUUCCUGUGCGCUCUGCAUGUGCUCGUAGUCAUCUUUGUAAAGCUUCCUCUCUCUCUCCUCCCUCCUCCCUCCCCUCUUCAGGUGCUGCAGGGGGCCACAAUGCAACAGUUACAGCAGGUGCAGGUAGCCCAGUCACAGGGCACACCCAUCACGGUAAACUGCCCUCCUCAGCCCCCCCGUCCCUAUCUGAAGCCCCCUCCCAGCCCCUAUCUGAAGCCCCCUCCCAGCCCCUAUCUGAAGCCCCCUCCCAGCCCAGCACCCCUCAGUGUAGGGUAAAGUUGCCCCUGGACGCUGAUCUUGGAUCCGUUUUUCAUUUCUCCCACUAAAUGGGUAUGGUUAGGAUUGGGGGAGGCGAUGCUGAUCCUAGAUCUGAUCCUAGUGAAAAUUUCCCCCUGGAGGGCACCCCUCCACAUUUAAUCAGGAAGAUUAGGAGGAAGCUUGUGUUUGGCUGCAUCACUAGUUCACUGAGUUUACCCCCCCCCCCCCCCCCCCGAGAGCCCUCCUGUCUCUCAGCAGCAGCUGGCUCAUUAAAAACAACGUUUUGAUUUUUUUAUUAUCAGGGGUGUUAGUCAGAUCUGAUCAGCUGUUCCUGGAGAGACUGGGUUGCCUGACACUAUCACACCAUCGUCUGUCUGCUUGUAGGAUGGGGGGGGGGGGGGGUUAAACCCUGCCUUGUCAUCUCGCUCUCUCUCUCUGUGGCCCCACUCUGGGCCUAACUGUAAUCUACAGGUUUUCCAGCCCAAUGUCAAUCAUUACAUGUCACAGUCACCAAACUCUCACCAGUUGUUUAACAAUGAACAUUCCCCCUCUCCCUCUCCCACCCCCAGAGUGCUCCAAUGACCAUGCAGGUUGGGGACCAGCAGGUCCAGAUAGUACAGGCAUCGUCACAGGGCCAGACCCAGACGGUGCAGUCAGGACAGACCAUGCAGGUCAUGCAGCAGAUCCUCACCAACUCCGCCGAGAUCCAGCAGAUACCAGUAAGAGAGGGGGAGGAGAGGGGAGGGGGAUGGAUGGAAGAAAGAAGGGAGGAUGAUGGGGGAGGGAUGAAUGAUGGGUGGAGGGAGUGAGAGAGGAAGGGUCCUUGAGAUGGGAGGAAUGGAGGUGGGAAGUCUCUCCUCGAGAAAAAUAAAUAAAAUUAAUACCACAUUUUCUUAAGUUAAAUGUUGGAGAUCAAUCUCCAAACACACUGUAGAGAGCUGGUGAACCUCCCUCUCCCCCAUUUUGACACUCUUAACUAACUAGCUCAAUGAUCAUAAUGACACUCUGUGUUGUGUAUCUAUGACCUUCCCAGCCUAAAGUGGGUGUUUGUCUCACCCGUGUGGUGGCUGUGUGCAGGUGCAGCUGAACACUGGUCAGUUGCAGUACAUCCGGCUGGCACAGCCUGUCUCUGGCACACAGGUGGUUCAGGGACAGAUCCAGACGCUGGGUAACACUCAGCAGGUACAGGUACUGAACAGGAACCUUUUCAAUCUAUAGUAUGAUCAGAUGUAUGUAGACCUCUGUAAUGUAGUCUCUGGUUUGGUAUCACUAUACUAGUAUAUAAAAUAACAUUAAUGUAGUAACCAAUAAAAAUGAUACGAUUCUGUGUAUUUUCUAUAUUGUUUCAUGAAUUGACUUCUAUAUUGUCCAUUGCCUUCAGUUGCAUUUGAACAGAGGUGUAGGUUUUAAUAGUGGCUGUGGGAACCACUGUGUGAAUGACUGACUCCUCUCUCUCGCUCUCUGGUUUGUUCUCAGAUUACACAGACGGAGCAAGGACAGCAGCAAUUCAACCAGUUUACUGAUGGACAGGUAAGACUAACAUCUCUCACUCCUGUCACAUACGUACACACACACACACGUACACACACACACACACGUACACACACCCUCUUCUCGCUCUCACCCUCUCCCUCUGUGUCCUUACAGCAGUUGUAUCAGAUUCAGCAGGUGACGAUGCCGGCGGGACAGGACCUGAGCCAGCCCAUGUUCAUCCAGUCCACCAAUCAGACGGCCGACGGACAGGUCACCACGCAGGUCAGCGCAGACUGA